AUGACUGCAGUGAACGAAGACAAAGGGGGAUUAUUCUUUUUAUAUGGUCACGGAGGAACAGUUAAAACUUUUCUCUGGAAAACAUUGUCUGCUGGCAUACGCUCUAAAGGUGAUAUAGUACUAAAUGUUGCAUCAAGUGGUAUUGCAUCUCUGUUGUUACCAGGAGGACGGAUAGCUCAUUCGAGAUUUGCGAUUCCUCUGAAUAUAAUUGAAGAUUCAACAUGCAACAUUAAGCAAGGAAGUCCAUUAGCUAAGUUGAUGGUUAAGGUAAAGUUUAUCAUUUGGGAUGAGGCACCAAUGAUGCAUAGAUACUGUUUUGAAGCUCUUGAUCAAACUUUAAGAGAUAUUCUAAGAUUUAAAGAUCCAUCAAAUUAG